CAUGUCGCUGCGCUGUUUGUGUGUCUAGCUGGAGUCGGAGCGGCUGGUUUUCAGGAGGGAAACUUUACGAGGUUUCACGGGAUCUGAGCGAGAUUAAUUCAUUUCGCUUCCUUAACCCGUGCGAGUGCAGCUGUUCUGAAAGGAGUCCACACAUCAUGUCAGGCAUUGCAUUGAGCCGGCUUGCCCAGGAGCGCAAGGCAUGGCGGAAGGACCAUCCUUUUGGAUUUGUUGCUGUACCAACAAAAAAUCCAGAUGGAACCAUGAACCUCAUGAAUUGGGAAUGUGCUAUUCCUGGCAAGAAGGGGACUCCGUGGGAAGGAGGCCUCUUCAAACUGCGCAUGUUGUUCAAGGAUGACUAUCCUUCUUCACCGCCGAAAUGUAAAUUUGAGCCUCCGCUCUUCCAUCCAAAUGUGUAUCCAUCAGGCACUGUAUGCCUAUCUAUUCUAGAGGAGGACAAAGACUGGAGACCGGCCAUCACAAUAAAGCAGAUCUUAUUAGGUAUCCAGGAACUCCUAAAUGAGCCAAAUAUCCAGGAUCCAGCUCAAGCAGAGGCUUACACAAUCUACUGCCAAAACAGAGUAGAAUAUGAAAAAAGAGUUCGAGCACAAGCCAAAAAAUUCUCCCCAUCGUAAGGGAGAAGACUUGCUCCGCUGCAGCAGAAGGAAUGGGUCUAACAAGAAUCACCUCCCCUCUCAGUCUCUUGAUGAAUGUGCUCCUCUCACACCGGGACUUGCUUAAAGACUUCUAUUUAAACUCCACACAUUCUGUGCCAUCCGCUCUCUUCUGACCUAUCAUUUUUUGUUCUUAAUUGCCGGUUGGCGCAUAAUGCUGGGAGGGGAUGGGUGCUUCAGCACCCUGGUUUUUUCUUUUUAAACAAUAAUUGUCUUAUGUGGUGCAAGGGACACAGCUCGGUACCAGUUUCAUCAACACAAUGCAAGCUGGCUGUCAUCAGUGUUCAAGGAAGAAAAUGUCUCUUGUCUAUUUUGCUCUUUCACAGGGUCUAUUCCUUUGUUUCCCCCCUUUUUAUUUCCCAUCAAAUUAAUGUAAAAUUAGCUUAUUUCAUUGUCAGUAUUUCAACUGCUGUAUAAUGAAUGGCACUUUUAUACUGUUGUAUCUCACUAGUGUCUCUAGAUGGCUCUGUCUAAUUCUCUUUCCCAGGUUUUCUAUUCAGCAUGCUGUAAUAUAUGAUAGAAUCUGCUGCCUUGGCUGUCUUUUUGUUAUUCAGAGUGUUUGCUAUGGAAUAAAUAAAAAUGGCCACAACGACUGAGGCAGGUAGGCUUACUUCUGUAUCAGACUUUAAGGUUAUAUGGUGCUUUGUUCAUGUAUGUGUUGGCGUAAAUAAAACUUUCUACAAAA